CACUAUUAAUUAAAAUUAACAAAAUUCCUGUUUUACAAAGUCUUAACCCUAAACCCGAAACUAACGCUCAAACCAAGCCACAACCACAACCAAAUCACAAAAUUAAUCAAACACAAAUCAAAUCCAAAAUCAAUCUCUUAAUUCAUAAGCACAACCCUGUUCCUGUCUUCAAUGGUUCAACCCUUAAUCAUCUUUUUUUCAUCAUAAUAAGCCAUGGAAUUAAACUCCACCCUUCCCCUUUCUCAAUCACCCAACAAAACUCAACAACCCCUUAAUAACUCCUCUCCUCCUUCUAAACUCCCCAUCAAAUGCAAAACAACCGUCGACAACGGAGACGGAAACGCUUCAGACCUCUUAUUAAAAUUUGACUUUAGGCCACUAAAUUUAUCCAGCCACCCCAGUACUCAAUCACCCAACAAGACUCAACAACCCCUUAACAACUCCUCCUCUCCAUCUAAACUCCCUAUCAAACGCAAAACACCCGAAAACGAACCGUUUAUCGACCCGAACCAGCCACCAUUCAAGUUCCACCGUAUAUGGACUGAACCAGAUGAGAUCCGUUUUCUUCAAGGCCUUCUUAACGGGUCAUCAAAAAACAUGUUUUUCCCACGUGACCUUAAUGCCUUCUACACAAAUUUCUCAAACACCAUGUCACAGCCUUACACAAAAAAUCAGUUAUCAGAGAAACUACGUAGGCUUAGAAAAAAGUUUCGGGUUAUUUCAACCCGUUUGGCUAAAGGGUUAGAUAUGUCAUUAUUAUCACCCCAUGAUCGUUCUUUGUAUGAUCUAUCUAAACAGUUAUGGCACCCUGAUUUUGCUCAAACGUCCCCGUUUAAUGCUGAUAAGUCAAAAAUAUCCAGACCAAAAAAUGACCCGACCCAUGACCCGGCUCACGACCCGACCCAUGACCCGGAUCGUGACCCGGAUCAUGACCCGACCCGUGAGGGGGUUUGGGUGAAUGAGGAGGAUGUUGAAGUGGGGCAGGGUAAUGAUGAGAAGAAUGAUGGUAAUGGUGAUGGGAAUUUGAGGGAGGUGAAUGUGGAGUUGGAAAAUGGGGAUAUUAUGGGGGAGAAACGGGUCGAUUUGGAUGGUCCGGUUCGGGUCGGGGUAGGAUAUGGUAUCGGGGAUAUUGCUGCGGCGAAGGUGGUGGUGGAUGUGUUUGAUGAGUGUUUGAAUGAUUUUAGAAAGGGAGAAAGAUCAAAUCUUGGUGGUUUAUUGAAGGAGGAGAGCGCGGAGAAGUUUGAGGAGAGGUGGAGGGAACAAAGAGUUGCGGAGUUGGACGUAUUGUCGCGACGUUUGAGGUUGGUGCUUGAGCAUUCUCUUCAAAGUCAAUGAGUAAAUGUUAUAAGCUGUAUAUGGAAUUUAGUUGCUAACUUUUAAUAGUCUUGAGUUUAGGUUUCCUUAGUUGUUUUUUGCUCAUACAGUAGUAUUACUACCUUUUGUUCAAGAAAUUUUGUAAAAUUCUGGCAAAAGAAGAUAUUUCCUUCACA